GUCAGAACUCAGCAACGCCGUUGACAAAAACAAAACAAAAGGAAUGAUGAUGGACGAAAACGGCACCGUUUAAGUAUAUUGCGUGUAUAUAUAUACACAUUCAUCCAUGCUCUUCGUCGCAGAUUCGUGGGAUCAGCUUUCUCUAACCUUUUUCAGAAGUCAAAAGAUAAGCAAGGUCUUGUGUUGUUAUUUGUAUCUCACUCGACAAACCCUAAACCAAAAAUAAAAGGUUGUAACUUUCAUCAAUGGAGGAUCUGCCUGCUGGUUACCGUCCUAAUGUCGGUGUCUGCUUAAUCAACUCCGAUAAUUUGGUGUUUGUGGCUUCAAGAUUGAAUGUUCCUGGGGCAUGGCAGAUGCCACAGGGAGGUAUCGAAGACGGGGAGGACCCGAAGUCAGCAGCUAUGAGAGAGUUAAAGGAAGAAACCGGUAUCGUCUCUGCUCAAAUCAUCGCCGCGGUUCCGAAAUGGUUGACUUAUGACUUCCCUCCCGCCGUGAAAGCUAAAGUGAACCGUCUUUGGGGCGGUGAAUGGCACGGCCAGGCACAAAAAUGGUUUCUGAUGAGAUUGAAGAAGGAAGACGAGAGAGAGAUCAAUCUGGCGAACAAGGGAGAAGCCGGGGAAUGGAAAUGGACAAACCCUAACGAACUGAUCGACCAGGCUGCUGAUUACAAGAGGCCUACGUACGAGGAUGUUAUCCAGACAUUCCGACCCUACUUUCCUCGCCGAUGACAAUUGACGAGCUUCCGAGUGGUAUAGUUAAUUAAUACGUUGGUUUUGCCCUUUUUUUUUGUAAAUGGUUAACGGUAAGUACCGAUGGUAGAAGGUUCUUGGUUUGGCUGUUGGGAUAUUAAUUUUUUUUUUUUAAAAAAUAUUUGUUCCAAUAAAAAAAUGGGUAUGUUUUAUUUGAACA